CAAGGCUGUGAAAGUACAAGAAACCUUGGGGAUCACAAAACCACGCUAAGGACUUCCGAGCUAAAAUCGUGGGAGCUUCCGGAUCGCAAAACACUUCAUAGAACGACGUAAAGCACGACCUCUUACCAUUCCAUAGAGUUCAAUCCUUCCCGAGCACUACUGCAUACUUCACAAUGGCUUCCGCAAGUCGUCCCAUCUACAAUCUCUUCUUCCGCAAGAACUACGCAAUGUUGGGCGUUGUCUUCGCGUCGGCAUUCGCAUUUGAGAUGGUCUGGGAUAGAACUACCGAUGGUAUCUGGGACAGGCUCAACAAAGGCCGACAAUGGAAGGAUAUCCGAGCGAAGUACGUUGAGAGCGGCGAUGAUGAUGACGAGUAAAGGAAGGGAACCAGACAAAUCAAAUGGAAAUGAAGGGUGGAUUGUGGUGGACAGAAGACAUAGACGGGACAGAUAGAUGCUGUUCAGGGAAGCUUGGGCUGAGC